GAAGCGAGUCUAUCUGUACUUCCGCUGCAGCAGCGACAAACGGGCCCGUCAAAAGAGAAAGAAACAAUGUGGACGAGCUGAGUCCGGACACGGAACACAGAACCAGUACAUCGGCCUCGUUGGGCUCGGUUGCCAGGCACUGGGUAUCAUUUAAAGUCCACCACGCGAAUAUUUGGCAGUUUAAGGGUCGUUUCGAGUUGAACUCGUCUCUCUCUCUCUCUCUCCUCUCCCUCCCUCCCUCCUCUCUCUCCUCCCUCUCUCUCCCUCUGCUGUGGUUCUCUUUGAGGAAGCUGAAUUAGCUCUGCUCGCUAAGAGAUGGGGACGAGAGCAAGUCGCAUACAGGAAGACCCGGUUCCCUCUGCUUUCGGAAAAGAUGGCACCAAGCGGGACUCGUACCGGCGACCCCGGUGUACCAGGCCCACCAGUCUCAUGGUCGACUUCUCCGGGAGCUUCGAGGACACGGAGGCCAACCAGAGCCGAUCGGAGGAGGGCAGCGACUCGGACCUGGGGCAGCAUGGGGCGAGCGCCGACGGCAGCCCCGCGGACCACCACGGCAUCCCGGCAAGCAUUAGCCAAGCGUCGCCUGUGGACGACAACAACAGCGAGGGGAAACCCGAGGAGGACGGCAGCGUGAGCCCGGAGUCGCCCGUGGUUGCGGAACAUCAGCCCGGAGAGGAGACAGGCCGCACGCCCCACCGCACCUUUUCCGAGAGGCUGCCCGGGAAUCGGCACUCUUCCGCCCGCAGCGUCGGCGCAAGAUCCGCCCGGGUCCGAGGCACACACCAGCGGCCGGUGUCAGAGGCUUGGAUCGGCCUUUACCGUGUUAACAACCGCCAUGGCAAUAUCCGCUGUCCUUUCUGCUCAAAGCCCUUCCCGGGGGGUCGUAUCGAGGAUCACCUGUUGAGCUGCCUCACCUCUCCUCCCCUACCUUACAAUACGGACGUGCUCAGUAAAGACAGCGGAGAGUGCUCCAUCUGUCUGGAGGAUCUGGUACAGGGAGAGACCAUCGCCAGGCUGGCUUGCCUCUGCGUCUACCACAAGAGCUGCAUUGAUUCCUGGUCCAAGGUGAAACCCUGCUGCCCCGAACACCCCUUCGAUUGACUCACGGGUCACAUGUAUUCUGCUCAGUGACCAACCCGACUCAGGAGACUACACUGAAUCCCAAUAAAAUCCCAAUAAAAGAAAACAUGUAAUUGAACAAGUAACAGCCCUCUGUCCCUCUCAGACACAAACCGAUAUUUGAGUGGAGAACAGACGAUCCCAAGAGGAAGCUCCAGUUAGCGACACCCGACACUCUCCGCUUGGAUCGGUCCAUUUGAAUUUGCCCUCUGCAAUUUCAAGCCAAACUCCAACAGUAAAACAAAAACAAAACAGUGGCUCCGUCUAAUCUCUGGUCAAGACCCUUUUUUUUUUUUUUUGGAACAGAAGCGGAGGAGGUUCCCUUUCUAUGUUACGGACUUGGCCCUGACUCCGCGGAACAUUUAAAAAAAAUCUAACAAACAUCAUCAUCAUCCCAGAACGGUGGAUUUUCCCCCCGAAAGAUCUUUAACUUGGGGAGGAAACACGACAAAAAAAAUUGUUUAACUGUGACUCUGGGUCCUCUCCUGUGUAUUUCUUUCUCCCUGCAGAUGGGAUUGGUCAUUUUAUCAAGUAUUUUGUUCCACGUCAUACAUCGGAUGAAUGUUUUCGUUCCUCGGCUAACCCCAAAUGACCCAACCUCACACUGAAAGCGUGAACUGUUACCGUGUAAACAUUUGCUUUAUUUUGAACCAGCUGGAGGUUGAGGGCUUUUUUUUUUUUUUUUUUUGGUGAAUGGGGGCUGCCGUUACUAGGUUUUUUUUUUUUUUUUUUAUAACUUGUAAACAUUUCAGGGGAAGUUUUGGGGGCUAAUUGUUUUCAUGAGUAGGUCAGUUUUCUUGUAGGUGGUUAGUUAGCUCUGAGUUUAAUGUGCUGCUACUUGCUGAGUGUUUUUAGGAAGGUUGUAGGUAUUUCAUAGGGCCAUAGUAGCGCCGGUGUUUGCACCAAUUUCAGCACUUUUGUCCUCCAAGGCUGAUUUUUUUUUUUUUUUUUUUUCCCGUUUUUUUUUUUGUGUGUGUGUGUGUGUGUGUGUGUGUGUGUGUGUGUGUGUGUGUGUGUGUGUGUGUGUGUGUGUGUGUGUGUGUGUGUGUGUGUGUGUGUGUGUGUGUGUGUGUGAGAUGACCAGGGGCAGGAUAAUGUCCUGAGCAUGACUGACAGUGUGUAGCUUUGUGUGUGUUUACUGUAAAUGGCCCAGAAGUCUGCUUGGUCAAGCGGGUUACCCCCUUUGUGUUUUUUUUGUUUUUUUUAAUGCUAGUUUUUUUUAACUAGUCACUCUGACAAACAUCCUGUUACAUGUGGCAUUGGUACGCAACAUGGCGGCUCAUGUGGUCCAGCUGUACUUUUGAAUGCGGUUUGGGUUUUUUUUCAGUCCCGUCACCCCCCUCUUCCUCUCUCCUCAUUCUCAAAACACUCUCUCUGGGGUGGUAGGGGGGGUUGUGUAGUCCGGAUUUUUUGGACCAGACCCCAAGAGACAGUUUUGGGCCAUCUGGUUCCAUCGGUGCCAGAUCGAGGAGGGAUAAAGGGACGGAUGGACUGAGGGAUGUAUUUUUGGGAGCAUGUUUACACCAUGUGGCAUCUGUCUCUCUUUCCAGCACUAGAGGCUAUGGACAGCUGAUGGUUAAUUAUUACAUAACUAGCCCCCACCCCUUACCCCCCAUAUUUUUUUUUAAAGGUUUUUUAGAUAUUAUAUCAUCACAUUAUGAUCAUGAUUAUUCUUAAAUAUGUUAAAUGGCUUUCCUUUGCCUUUUCCGUGUGAUUGCCUUUGCCUGGUGAAGGGGUUCUUGUGCAAGCAGCUAUUUGUAGUGUUUUGUUGUUGUUGUUGUUUUUUUUUAGGGCUGAAGUGAGGUGGAAGCACAACAGUUAAGGCUGCUCAACAGAUGCUGUCUGGUGCAGACUGUACUGUACAUAGGCCAGGAUAAAGUGGGGAAAGAACAAAAACAUGAAUUGAUUGCUCUCGCUGCCUGCUCAAAAGGCGAGCCUGUUCCAUGUGUUUUAAUCUCCGUGCUUACAAGCGCUAUGGAUCGGUUUAGAGGGCAGCCCAGUGCACAGGUUUCCUACCGGCUAGUUUGUUCACCCCAGCCUCUUUUUUUUGUUUGUUUUUUUCCCCACCAUCCCCCUUUUCUGUUCUGGCAUUCUGCAGUCUGAGGUGCUAUGACUUGUCCCGCCACUAGAGGGCAGCCCUGUGCAUGUUUUUGUCAUUUUUUUUGUAAUGGUGAGUAGAAAAAUAAUGCCAAAAUGUGUGUGUGUGUGUGUGUGUGUGUGUGUGGCGGGCAUUGUGUGAGAGAGUGCGGGAGACGAGCUGCAUUGAUCACUAGAUGUUACAUUUGUUGUGGUGAUAAGUUAUGAUGAUGAUGUAUACUUUGGCUGGGAAGGGGUGGGGGUGAUUGUGUGUGUGUGUGUGUGUUUGAUGGGGGAGUUGCAGGUGGUGGUUGGGUUGUCGAUAAAGAUAAUAGACAAUCUGAAACCCCACAUUACUCUUACGUACUUUCUUACCCCCUCUAAGCUGUGUGGUGCAAUACCUCAAUUUCUACCAAUGCUAACUAAACGCUCUCCGUGUGUAAACUAGCUUUUCUCCAACCAAGGACGGUAUUUUGUAUAAAUGUCCCUAAAUCUCUUGGUUUUGAAUCACAGGGCACUGAUCCCCUUGCGUGCCCUGUGCUUUGAGGCCGAUGUAUUAGAUGAGAAUGUUUUUCAAAGAGUCACCACAGCGGUAUCUGCAUCCCCCAAGAUAUGGACAAUCUGCCUUUACUCUGGUAUAAAAACAAAUUGAAUUUUAUUUAUUAAAUUGUAAAUAUGUAAUGCAAUUCAAGAAAAUGGCUUGGUCUUUGUCUGUUCAAUAUACUGUUUCUAAGCUCCAAUCUUUUGUAUGUCUCAGAAAUUGUUUUUUAUAUGUAUUUUUUACAAUAAAUAUGUGUGAGAGA